UCCGCCGCGCGCGCAUACCCGACACGCUGUUCUGAUAGACCCGGAUACGGCGCGCCGAGACCAACUUCGAAUAAAUCAAAUGGGAAACUUUUACUUUCGCGCGUGAUUGAACCGUUCGUGUUAUACCGAUUGAUCAGUGUACGUGCGUGAUAUGAUAUGCGUUAGUGUUAAAAGAGAUACUUUUUCUCAUGUUUGAAAGAGACAAUUGCAAAAUGUUUCUGUGUGUAUGCCUUGUUAUUUGGAGCGGUGCCCUCGUGCCGGCUCUGGCCCAAGGCGAUCGACGUUGUGGUCACCCAGCAGUGCCACCAAAUGCAAGAGUAUCUCUGAACACUACGGACAUCGUGGCCGGAACCGUUGCGACCUACGAAUGUGACGAAGGGUAUGAACUCUUCGGAGCACAUCAAAGGGAAUGCACGCUACGAGGUGACUGGUCCGCAGAUAUACCAUUUUGCGGCACAAACGUGGCUUUUCGAAAGCCUGCGAAUCAAUCGACAACCGUGAGGGGAGGCAGCGCCAGCAAUGGCAACGAUGGUGAGAAGACGACUGAGCACGAUGGAAAACAGUGCACCGAAACACUGAGGGAAGCGUCUCCAUGGUGGCAAGUUGAUUUACUUCGCCACUAUGCCGUCAAAGUCGUCAGAGUUACUACCAGAGGCUGUUGUGGACAUCAGCCACUGCAAGAUCUAGAAAUUAGAGUUGGGAACAGCAGCAGCGAUCUUCAGAGAAAUCCUCUAUGCGCCUGGUUUCCGGGAACGAUUGAUGAAGGAGUAACGAAGACGUUCACUUGCGCUCGACCUCUGAUCGGGCAGCAUGUGUUCCUGCAACUAGUCGGCGUCGAAGGUUCCCUAUCGUUGUGCGAAGUCGAGGUCUUCACAACGGAAGAAUUCUCCAACGAUCGAUGCGCACCUGCUGGGUCGUCGGCGGACAUAGAACUGGCGGCAUUCGCUAGAAACUGUUACGAAUUCAACGUAGCGAAGGGUGCUUCUUUUGAAGAUGCUAGGCGACAAUGCCAAGCACACGGCGGAGACCUUAUACAUGGAUUUCAGGGAGCAACAUCAAGCUAUUUAAUUCAGGAAUUGGAAAGACGGAAAACACAGUUGAAGACACAACUGGUUUGGAUUGGUGCGCAAAAGGAGCCUGGACUAACUUCUCGAACGUGGAAAUGGGUUGAUGGUGAAACUGUGUCAAAGCCGGCAUGGGGAAAGGAUCAACCAAACAAUUAUAAUGGAGAGCAAAACUGCGUAGUGCUGGAUGGAGGCCGCGCGUGGCUCUGGAACGACGUUGGCUGCAAUCUGGACUACCUGCACUGGAUCUGCCAGUACCUACCGGCAACCUGCGGGAGCCCCGAUAAACUUUUGAACACGACAAUCGAAGGGAACAAUUACAAAGUCGGAUCUUCCAUAGCUUAUAAAUGCCCAGAAGGUCACAUGCUCGUCGGAGAUAAAACUAGAGAGUGUGAAAAUGACGGAUUUUGGUCUGGUACGGCGCCUAGCUGCAAAUAUGUAGAUUGCGGUGGUUUGACUCCUAUUCAAGAUGGAGAUGUUGCACUAGUAGAUAGCCGAACAACUCACGGUGCAAGAGCCGUGUAUUCUUGCAAGGAGAACCAUACUUUAGUAGGGGAACAGGAACGUGUUUGUGGCGACGAGGGGAUUUGGGAUGGAGAAGCUCCCAAGUGUCUGUUCGAUUGGUGCCCCGAUCCGCCGCCCGUCACCGGGGCUACAUUUGACAUCGGAGGCCACAAAGCCGGCUCGCUGGCUACUUAUACUUGCCAGAAUGGCUUUAUACUUUUUGGAUCACCGAGUGUGACAUGUAAUCUCGGUGGUGUCUGGUCGGGAACACCCCCCUCCUGCAAGUACGUAGACUGUGGUACCCCAGCGCAAGUGCAUAAAGGAUCGUUCAGGCUACUAAACGGCACAACUACAUAUGGAUCUAUAGCCCAAUUCAAUUGUGAACCUGACUACUGGCUGGCUGGAACUGAUAUAUUGACCUGCAAUCGCGAUGGAAAGUGGUCUCAUGAUAUUCCUUCAUGUGAACUAAUAUCUUGCCAAGACCCGGAGGUCCCGGCAGGCGGAUAUAUGGAAGCCUACGACUACAAUGUGCACUCAACAAUCGAUUUCCAUUGCGAGAAAGGACACAAGCUUGUUGGCGAGCCCAACUUGACUUGCCAGCAAGAUGGGGAGUGGUCAGGCGAAUCGCCCAAGUGUGAAUAUGUAGACUGUGGAAAACUGCCCCCGCUGCCUUACGGUACGUCAGAGUUACUGAACGGCACAACUCAUUUGGGCAGCGUGAUUCAAUACGCGUGUACAACCAACUACAGACUUGUGGGAGCUGUGAGAAGAGUGUGCACUGAAGAGUAUCAGUGGAGUGACUCAUCGCCCAGAUGUGAAGAAAUUCGCUGUCCCGAGCCAAUAGUAGCCGAAAAUAGUAUAGUGUCAGUAACGGGAAACGAUCGUAUGCACGGUCGUACGCUGAUUAGAACAUCGGUGAGCACCAAUAGCGGCAAUACGUACCGCAUCGGUGCCCUUGUGAAGUAUCGCUGCGAACGAGGGUACAAGGUGGUCGGCGAGAGCCUUUCCACGUGCGAGGACAACGGCCAGUGGAGCGGAGUGACUCCAAAAUGCCAAUACGUAGACUGCGGCAAUCCCGGGCGCUUACAGAACGGCAAGGUGACGCUUGCUACGAACGCCACGUACUACGGCGCUGCAGCUCUGUACGAGUGCGACGAACACUGGCAACUGGACGGCGUGUCACGAAGGUUGUGCCAAGACAACGGCACGUGGAGCUCUGAAGCGCCAGUUUGCAAAGAAAUAACGUGCACGGACCCGUCUAUCCAAAUCAAGGGCAGUCUCGGGCUGCUUGUCGCGUCUUCAACCCUGGGCAUUGGUGGUGAAGCACAUUACCGCUGCGAUAGAGGCUACAGUCUGAAAGGGAACCAAACAAGAACUUGUAUGCCUAGAGGCGUGUGGGCUGGAACUCCACCAGUGUGCAUACCCAUCGACUGCAAAUCUCCAGGGACAAUCGAGAAUGGCCGUAUAAUCAUAUCGAAUACUUCAACGCUGUUCGGAAGCUCGAUCGAGUAUCAUUGCUUGCCCCAAUACCAGCGCGUCGGGCCUUUCUUGCGCAAGUGCUUGGACGACGGGAAAUGGUCCGGCGAAGAACCGAGAUGUGAACUGAUCAGCAAUGAGGCUGCAGAAAGCGGAGCGCUACCUCUUAGUGUUGGCGUUGGAUGUGGGGUUGUUCUCUUCCUAUUGAUGCUGUUGGGAGUCAUUUAUAUGAGAUUGCGCAAAGCGACACCAGUUAAAAAUACAGAAAACAUCGAAGGAGCCGAACGAAAGGAAGACCAAAACGCGGCAGUCAUGAGCUACGCAACACUCCACGACACUAACGGAAGGCAUAUUUACGAUCACGUGAGCGACAACCUUUACGACUCGCCAUACAGCGAGAGCUUAGCCGAAAAUGUAGCUUACGGAAGACGGAGUGACACUGACUCCGCAUACGAACCUGAACCAACAGGUCCCAGCGCAGUGGUGACUAUCAAUGGAGUGGCUGUUCGUUGAUACAUACAUUUUAUUGGUGUGAGUUAGCUACUGCUUCAUAAGCUCUGGUUUUCUAGUAUAUCGAUGCCCGCACAUAGUGGGUAAACUGCCCCUAGUGUUUUGACGUUACGUUGUCAAAAAGUGCAAAAAUCAUCUCUGGGAAACCUUGUUUCAGUUUUCAAUAGACAACUUCGCUGUGACGACACUGUUCACAAUCACAUGACAAUCUAGAAAACUUAGAGCUUUAGUGAUUAGAACUAUGAAAACAAUUAUUGUGAUGAAGUUUUAUUAAUCAGUGAUAUCAUUCUGACGUAUAAGAAAUAUUUUUCAACAUAGGGCCUGUUUUACAACCACCAGUUAAACUUUAUCUAACGAAUAAAGAUGUUAACCCUUAGUCUAGUAGACGUCAUAAUAUCAAUAUGGCAGAGGCUGGCAAGGCCUACCGCGGCCGAUUCGCGGACAUAACACUGUAAAAUUACAUGCACGUAUCGGAAAUGCACCAUCUCACUCUCUCCGCUGCGUCUCCGUCACCGCGUUCGCGCGGCCCUGUGACGUCACGGACCGGUUGAUCAUUCGUCCGUAUUUUAUCUUCGCAAGCUAUUUGAAAUAAUUUUUUCUCUGUAUUUUUGUACCACAGAUAAAAUUUAUAUUUUUGGAUUCGCUGAACAAAUAUAUAAUGUAUGUCAAAUGAUUAAUGACCCAUAAAUUUCGCGUGAAUCUAUGGCUAAUAAGAGUUAAGCGGAUUUUUUUAAGUAUUUCAUUUAUUUUGUUUAUUAUUUAUUCUAUGAAACCAAUAACUAAAAAUCUUUUAUUUAAAUUUAAUCACAACACAUCCUUUUUAGCAUAAGCAAUUAAAGAAACACAUAUCCUGCCAAGAAGAUUGGCGAUUCAGGACGCAAAACUCGAAACGGCUAAUUCAGCGCGGUCCAAAGAGCAUCGAUUUUCUACAAAAUUUCACUAAUACGGCAAAGACCUGUUUGUUUUGAGUUGCAGUCUUUGCAUAAUCAAACUAUGAAGUUAGAGCAGGAUUGUAUGAGUACUUCAAAAGAUAGAAGGUUAUCUGUGUUUUGGGCGGAACGGGUCGGUUGCCAGUCUAAUGCAAAUCCAUGUAUUGACCAUAUCGAUUGCCAGUUAUAGGGCAUGUCAAUUUUUGUAUUGGGAAUCAGUCAAAAUGACAUUCGUUAAAGUUUAUCUGGUUGUUGUGAAACAUGCCCUUAAUGCUGAUCGCCCAUUUCAACUAAUGUCAGCCGCACACGGUGAUUAACGGCCAAAAUUAAUGCUCAAUCUAUCUUUAACUUUUCGAUAAGUUACUUAGCAACGUCAAACGUUAUUUGUCAAAAACGGCCGUACAAUUUUUGACAAAUAACAAAGUUGCUAACUUAUCGACAGAUUACAGAUAGAUUGAUUUUAAUUUUGGCCGUAAGCAAAACUAAUUUGAAUUCGCCAAUGGAAUCACUAUCAGAACGCAUUUCCAGGACAGUACUUACUUUAAAAUGCGUUUUGCGGGUCGUCCAUUAAUGUGCGUUCUACUUUAGAUCAUUUUAGUAAGUAGACUAUGUACUACAAAGUUAAAAUAUCACUUUUCAGAUUUUUUUGUGUCAUAAGUCAUUAACCAAUUACUUAUAGUCAUUUUGAGUAUUCAUUUAAUAAUAAUAAUUGCGCAGGCUCAUUGCUUGAGCAAGCAUAUUACUGUUAUGUGGUUCUGUGGCGAUCAGUCAGAUUCGAAUCCGAGACCGGCGUAAGCUGCAGUGACGAGCAGGCGUGCCGUUUUAGUUCCAUCGAAAUAUAAGUGGGAAGCGCAGUUGUCAUUAUUUUUACGACUUGUUCUGGGAAUGACAAAAUGAAAAUAAUGUUCUGAAUCAAAUGGUCAUCAACCAUUACUAGGUAUUUAACCAAAGAUGUAAAAAGAGUUGGAAAUUGUAUGAAAUAUAUUUAUAUUUAUGUUAGACUAUGUGUAGGUAUGUUUUUUUAACCUUUAGCGACUUCUGUCGGGCCUUUAAAUCCGAUCGUAAUGUUGUUUAAGAUCAAAUAUCAUCGAACAAUAUUAUCUGCCUUUUUAUUUUUAUUUGCUGUAUCUUUUCGACAAGUCUAAAUACGAUAUAUAUAUGGUAAUGUAGAUGGUAAGCUAAAAAAAUAUUUGUAAAUUGUAUAUUCAAAAAAUGCAUAAUACUACUGCCAAAAAAUCCUGUUAAUUUUAUACUUACCUACUAAUAAUUUCGUUUGUACAAAAUGUUUGGGUUAUACAGAAAAUAAAAAACUAAUACCAUAAAUGCGAAAAAAUGUCUGGCUGUGCCUCUGUUACCUUUCUACGGCCCAUCUGCUUAACCGAUUACGACCAAUUUUGGCACAACGAUAGCUUGCGUCCCGAAGACGGGCAUAGGCUUUUUAUCCCUGAAAAUCAAAAUGUUUUCUAUGGGAUUCAGAAAAAAUCCAUGCAGGCUGAAGUCGCAGGCAUCAUCUACUCUACACUAAUAUUAUUAAGGGAAAAAGUUUGUAAGUUUUGAUGUAGCGGUAAUCCCCGAAACUAAUGACCCGGUUUUGAACUACCGUACGUCUUGAUCAGAGGAAAUAAUUUCAAUAUAAUAUGGUGUACUAUAUGGUAACAUAUAAGACUUAUUUUUUUUAUUUUAAGUAGGUAAGUACCGUCUUUCAACGAAUACUUCUCAGCGAAUUCAAUAAUUGUUUUAAUUAAGAUAGUUAUUAAUUACUCUUAAAUGAAUUAGGUAUAAAUUUUUAUGGAAAUACAUUCUGAUUAUUAUGAAUUCAAAUAAAGCAAUAAUAUAAUUAAACCAUAGUAAGGAGUCAGUACUUGUUCAGAAGGCAUCAAAUUAUAAAGCAUGCAUUUAAGCCAUGUAUAAACACAAGAAGUACCUAGCAAAGAUUUAUUAGAAUAGGAAUACAAACUAUUUGUGAUAAAAAUUAAAUAGGGUAAACUUAUAAAUCCUACAUAACCAUCGGGUUACGAGUAUCUUAAGAUUUCCCUCCCCCGUUAACAAAAAAAGGUAAGCUUUAGUACAUGUUUAGACCUUCAAUUGCCUAAUUUUAGCAAACCCACUAAAAUGUUACAGCACCUUGAGUUAUUUUGAGUUGAGUUAUGAGCAAUUUUUCUUUUUAUUAUUAUUAAUUGGUGUUUUAGCGAUUAUUCCACACAGAAAAAAGUUCACCCAAAAAUCCUUUUUUAAAUUUAGAAUACUGAGGUUUCGGCUAAAAAUGAUUGUUACAACCUUCACAACGUUCCGAUAUGUUUAAAACUUUUAAUUUUAAUCUAUGUUAAAUAAGUAGAAAAAUGCCUGGUAUUAAUUACGACUAAAAUAGGUAUCUUUCCAUUUCUAUUUUAUUUUAACAUUAAUGUGAUUAUUAAUGUAAGCGUUCUGUGUUUGGCUAAGGUGAUGAAGAAUAAACUUGUUGUAUUUUGUAUAAAUAUUUAAUAUAAUUAUAUUAUUGUAUCGACAUAGGAGUGCCUAUUUUUUAAUGUGUUCGUUUAAUAAAUGUAUUUUUAUAUA